AUGGUUAUAUGCCUAGGCUGCGCCGCUGCCGCAUCGUUCCACCGUAAUUUCACCAUCGCAGCCUCCGCCCAAACUACAGGGCAGAACGGUUAUUCUUAUCGCAAUGAAAUCGGUCUGGCGUUCGUCCUCAGUGGACAUGAGCCAGCUUCAAGCCGUCGGAAGGCCAUUAGCGGCCCUUACGACCGGCCAUCGGUGCUCUAUGCUGGGCCGACGGAAGACAUCGCAGGCGGUCCUGGUGCACCUCACGAGGCGGAUCAAGUUGAAGAGCCAGCUCCGGAGGAGUAUUCCGGAAGCCGCAUGCGCAACUUCUGCAUCAUAGCCCAUGUCGACCACGGGAAGUCGACGCUGGCGGACAGAUUCCUGGAACUAACCAAGGCGGUACAGGCGCACGAAAUACAGGAGCAGUACCUCGACAACAUGGAGAUCGAGCGUGAGCGCGGCAUCACAAUCAAGCUCCAAAGCGCGCUCAUCAACUACACCUACCCCAAGGACGGGAAGACGUAUAAGCUAAACCUAAUCGACACCCCGGGCCACAUAGACUUCAACCAUGAAGCCAGGAGGUCUAUAGCGGCGUGCGAGGGCGCAUUGUUGGUGGUUGAUGGCACGAAGGGGAUACAAGCGCAGACGGUCACCACGUCGAUGAUCGCAAUAGAGAAGGGGCUCAAGCUGAUACCGAUCGUCAACAAAAUCGACGUCGAGUUCUGCGACUACGAUGCAACUGCGGCAGACCUAAAGUCGCUCUUCAACUUCACAGAAGACGAGAUACUCAUGGCAUCCGCGAAGGAGGGAUUCGGGAUAACGGACAUCCUCGACGCCGUCGUCGAGCGGGUGCCGCCGCCAAAAAUCGACACGGAAAAGCCGUUCAGGGCACUCGUAUUCGACAGCCAGUACGAUCCGCACCGAGGUGUAGUCAGCUAUGUGAGGGUCGUCGACGGAAGUGCUAAAAAACUGGACGAGGUGGUGUUCAUGGGACACGACCUGGAGGCGAAGGUUACUGCAGUCGGCGUCAUGGUGCCAGAUUUGCGUGAACGCGAGCAGCUGAGAUCGGGGGAGGUGGGCUGGUUCUGCUCUAACACCAAGGACCCCAGCAAGGUGGCUGUGGGAGACACUGUAGUGCUCAAAUCAGCUGCCAAAAAUGGAGAUGUGGAGCCCAUAGUGGCGUUCGAAGCAGCAAAGCCCUCCGUAUUCGCUGGGUUAUAUCCUUGCGACGGCACAGACUACCUGCAGCUCAGCGCAGCACUGGACAAGCUCAAACUGAAUGACCACUCGCUAGUCUUCGAAGCCAGCGAAUCCAGCAUAGCAGGGCAUGGGUUCAUGUGUGGUUUUAACGGGUUGCUGCACCUCGACGUAACCGUGCAGCGGCUUCAGCGCGAGCAUGACGUCGGAGUCGUGGUCACCUCGCCAUCGGUGCCCUACAGAUGCCACCUCAAACAUGGAAAACAGGUGGUCGUCAGCGACGCCGCACACUGGCCUGAUGAUGGGUUAGUGAAGCUGGCGGAGGAGCCGUGGACCAACGUCACGGUAAGGGUACCCGGAGACUGCCAACGCAAGGUAAUGAGCCUCCUGCACCAGAUGCGGGGCGAGUUCAAGACCAAAACGGAGUUCGCCGGAGGCAAGUCGAUUGUGCUCGAGUACGCGGUGCCCAUGAUUGAGAUCAUAUCCACCUUCUUCGACAACCUCAAGUCGAUCACCAACGGCUUCGGCUCCUUCGACUACGAGGGCACCAUUUAUCGCGAAAUCGACCUCUGCAAGAUAAGGGUGAUCAUAAACGGGGAGGAGGCACCGGGGCUGGCGAUGAUCUUGGCCAAGGACAAGGCCUACAAUUCAGGAAAAUUGCUGGUGGAAACGCUCCGCGAAGUCAUACCGCCCAAGCAGUUCAAAAUACACCUCCAGGCGGCCAUAGGAAAGCGAGUCAUCGCGUCCGUCAGCAUACCCGCGAUGCGCAAAAAUGUCACCGAAAGGUGCAGUGGCGGAGACCCUUCAAGAAAGAAGAAAUUGCUAGACAACCAGGCCAAGGUAAGACAUGCAACCCGUGACGCACUGACUGCCUCAGGGGAAGAAGUUCAUGGCAGAGGUCGGCAACGUGUCGAUCCCGAUCGAUGCGUACAAGGCGGUGCUAAAGGCACUGAGAUGAGCGCAUGCCCGGACAUAUGUCAAUAUCGUAAAUCAUACACACGAACGCUUUCCGUAUGUGUGAUAAUGGCUCUUAUGCCCAUGUGCGACGAUUGA